AUGGGUGUCCAAGAUAUUGUUGGAAAGCACUUGAGGUAUAGGUAUAAAAAGUUGAUUUCUUCUGAGGAGGAAUUAGCAAGGCCUAGAAGUAGUUCUUGUGUGAAGAAAAUGAAUGGAGGAUUGAAGGGUCUUCGCUUAUGGCGAUCCAGAAAACUUAUACUUAAGGCAUUGUCCGUGAUGGUAUUGCCAAGCAGAAUUGCCAGAGUCUAUGCUGAUAUUAUUAGCAGAAUCAAGAUGGAUGAUCUUUAUCCCAAUAUCAUCUUCUACACUCAAUGGGGACUUCCAGUUUUAUCUCACCCAUCUGUUAAAUGCAGAAGAAGUAUGAGAAAUAUGGCAUGA